GCGGCGGGCGCACAGCGGCGCUACCGGGCGGCACUGCGCGGCUCGGUCCGGUCCGGUGCGGCACUGCGCGGCUCGGUUCGGAGAUGGCCGCCCCAGAUACCGGCAGCACAGGCGGUGUCAUCAGCUACGUGGGCUCCGUGGGGUCCCCCCCACGCGUCAGCCCCGUCCCGCUCUGCAGCGAAGGCUCCGCCGGCGGCCCUCAGCCCGUCCCCCUCUACUUCCCCCCGUCGCCCACCGGCUCCCUGCAGGACUCCCGGCCCUACGGGGGCGGCCCGCUGCCCCCCCGCGAUGACGGCUCGCCUUCCUCCUCCUCCUCAUCCUCCUCUUCCUCCUCCUCCUCCUCACCCUACGGCCCCUCGGCCGCAUUCCCCGGCGCAGUGGCGGUGGCAGCGGAUGAGCGACGCCGCGGUUCGCCCAAUAAGAGCGGCACCAAUGUCACCAAGCUGAACGGCAUGGUGCUGCUCUGCAAGGUCUGCGGUGACGUCGCCUCCGGCUUCCACUACGGUGUGCACGCCUGCGAGGGCUGCAAGGGGUUCUUCCGCCGCAGCAUCCAGCAGAACAUCCAGUACAAGAAGUGCCUGAAGAAUGAGAACUGCUCCAUCGUUCGCAUCAACCGCAACCGCUGCCAGCAGUGCCGCUUCAAGAAGUGCCUGCUGGUCGGCAUGUCCCGCGACGCCGUGCGCUUCGGGCGCAUCCCCAAGCGGGAGAAGCAGCGGAUGUUGGCGGAGAUGCAGAGCGCCAUGAGCGUGGGCAGCGCCGUGCCGGGAGGGGCACCUCUGGGCGAGGGACCCGUUCCCGUCGGGGGCCGCCCGCUGCCCCCCGGCCCCCCGCCGCUCGCCCCCCCCGCCUGCUUCUCCCAGUUCCCGCAGCAGUUGACCCCCCCCCGCUCGCCCAGCCCCGGGGGGGCCACCGAGGACGUCAUCGCUCAGGUGGCCAAAGCGCACCGGGAGAUCUUCGUCUACGCGCACGACAAGCUGGGCCCCCCCCCGAGCUGCGACGGCGCCCAGCCGCGCUGGGACGCGGCCCCCCCCGCCUGGACCCCCGCCCCCCUCGAACCCCGGCUCUGCCCCCCCCCCACCGCCGUAUACCCCGACCCCACAGCGCGGGGCUGCGCGUGGCCUCGCGGCCCCAAGGACGUGCUGCCGGCCUGCCCCAUGAACAGCCACCCGGCGGGGCGCAGCGGGCGCUCGGUGCAGGAGAUCUGGGAGGAUUUCUCGCUCAGCUUCACGCCCGCCGUCCGCGAGGUGGUCGAAUUCGCCAAGCACAUUCCCGGCUUCCAGGCGCUGUCCCAGCAUGACCAGGUCACCCUGCUCAAAGCCGGCACCUUCGAGGUACGUCCCGGGCUCCCGUCGCACGGCGCAGCGCCCCUCGGCACUGCACGGUGCUGCACAUCCCAGCACGGUGCCUGCGGCGUUGCGCGGUGCCCCGUGACCUUGCGGUGCCCCGUAGUGCUGCACGGUGUCCCACAGCCCAUCGCGGGGCUCCACAUCCCGGCACUGCACUGCACGGCACUGCACAGUGCCCCCAGCGUUGCACGGCGCUCGGUGCUGCAGGCGAUGCAGCAGCUCAGCACGAUGCAGCGCAGCACCGCGCGGUGCCUCGUAUCCGAGCGCGGUGCCACGUGGCGUCGCACGGUGCUCCGUGUCCCAGCGCAGAGCCCCGCAGCACCGCGUGACGCCGCACGGCACCGCGUGGUGUCGCGCGGGGCGCGGUGUCCUAACAGCCCCCCGCCUCCCUUCGCAGCCCCCCGCACCCCAGCACGGUGCCCUGCAGAGCUGCACGAUGCCGUGCUGUUGCCAUGUGCUGCAGGUGCUGAUGGUGCGCUUCGCCUCGCUGUUCAACGUGAAGGAGCAGACGGUGACGUUCAUGAGCCGCACCAAAUACAGCCUGGAGGAGCUGUGGGGUAUGGGCAUGGGCGACCUGCUCAGCUCCAUGUUCGAGUUCAGCGAGAAGCUCAGCGCGCUGCAGCUCAGCGACGAGGAGCUGGGGCUGUUCACCGCCGUCGUGCUGGUGUCGGCAGGUUGGUGCCGCGAUGGAGCCGGGCAGGGUGUGCGCGUUUGUGCGCGCGUGUGUGUGUGUGCGUGUGUGCGCGUGUUGGGGGGUCCCGGUGCCGUUCCCCCCCGCGGUGACGCCCGGCCCCGCAGACCGUUCGGGGAUGGAGGACGCGGCGUCGGUGGAGCAGCUGCAGGAGACGCUGAUCCGCGCGCUGCGGGCGCU